CUUUCUCUGCAGCCUGCAGUGGGUCACACGGACUCAAAGACUAGCAGUGGUAACAGCAAGCCCAAUAUGCUGAGAUGUCGCCCUUCGAUACCAACUUCAGCAGAUGAGCAGCCACAUAUUGGGAACUAUCGUCUCCUCAAAACUAUCGGCAAGGGCAAUUUUGCCAAGGUUAAACUAGCACGGCAUGUUUUAACUGGAAAAGAGGUAGCUGUAAAAAUUAUAGACAAAACACAGCUGAAUUCUUCCAGUUUGCAGAAGCUCUUCAGAGAAGUGCGAAUUAUGAAGGUUCUAAAUCACCCUAACAUAGUAAAAUUAUUUGAAGUUAUAGAAACAGAGAAGACAUUGUACCUGGUAAUGGAAUAUGCAAGUGGAGGUGAAGUUUUUGAUUAUUUGGUUGCUCAUGGAAGAAUGAAAGAAAAGGAGGCCCGUGCAAAGUUUAGGCAGAUUGUUUCUGCUGUGCAGUAUUGUCACCAAAAGUUUAUCGUACACAGAGACUUAAAGGCGGAAAACCUGCUUCUGGAUUCCGAUAUGAAUAUAAAAAUUGCUGAUUUUGGCUUCAGCAAUGAAUUCACUUUUGGAAACAAGCUGGAUACUUUCUGUGGGAGUCCACCAUAUGCAGCUCCGGAACUUUUCCAAGGAAAGAAGUAUGAUGGGCCUGAGGUGGAUGUGUGGAGUCUUGGAGUUAUCCUGUAUACAUUGGUCAGCGGUUCCCUGCCAUUUGAUGGCCAAAAUUUAAAGGAGCUGCGUGAGCGUGUAUUGCGUGGUAAAUAUCGCAUUCCUUUCUAUAUGUCCACGGACUGUGAAAAUCUACUAAAGAAAUUCCUCAUUUUAAACCCAAGCAAGAGGGGUACACUGGAGCAAAUCAUGAGGGAUCGUUGGAUGAAUGUGGGACACGAAGACGAUGAGUUGAAACCUUAUGUGGAACCAGUUCCAGACUACAAGGAUCCUAGAAGGACAGAGUUGAUGGUGUCUAUGGGCUAUACCCGUGAGGAAAUUCAGGACUCUCUUGUAAAUCAGAAGUAUAAUGAAGUCAUGGCCACCUACCUGCUGCUUGGGUAUAAGUCGUCUGAGUUCCAUGUGUUCUCCUUAGCUGGACAAUACAACAUGACCCUCAAGCCUAGACCGCCUCCAGAUAUCACCAACAGUACAGCUCCUUCACCUGCUCACAAGGUACACCGCAGUGUAUCUGCCAAUACCAACACAAAGAAGACUAAGUGA